CGCAGUAAUUGAAAGGCGUCGUUGUUUCAGAGCCGUCGCCGGUAGACAAUGGAGAAGCACCCACAGGAACCCUGGAGGGUUCUCGAGUUCUACAGUGGCAUCGGAGGCAUGAGGUACUCAUUGACGAGAGCUGGACUAAACGCGAAAAUCGUGGAAGCCUUCGACAUCAACGACACGGCCAACGAUGUCUAUGAAUUCAACUUUGGCCACCGUCCUUAUCAGGGUAAUAUUCAGAGCCUGACUGCUACUGAUCUCGACAGUUUUGGGGCACACGCAUGGCUUCUUUCUCCUCCUUGCCAACCAUACACUCGACAAGGUCUCCAAAAGCAAUCCAAUGAUCCUCGUGCAUUUUCGUUUCUGAAUAUUCUUGAAUUGAUACGAGACAUAUCACGCCCACCCAUUAUGUUGUUUGUGGAGAAUGUUGUUGGAUUUGAGACGUCUGAUACACAUUCAAGGAUGUUAGAGAUAUUGGAAGAAGCUGAUUUUGUAACACAGGAGUUUAUAUUGACUCCAUUACAAUUUGGUGUGCCUUAUUCCAGGCCACGCUAUUUUUGUCUGUCAAAGAGGAAACCUUUAUCCUUUCAGAACCCACUGUUUGAUAAUCAGCUUCUUUACUCUCCAACCCCAUUGUCUUGGCAUGCCGAUAAAGAAGUAUUAUGCGAACAUGAUCAAACACAAGAGAGCUUGGAUAAGUUGAUCCGAUCUUGUGAGCCAAUAGAGAGGUUUCUUGAGUUGAAGAGUCCUAGCCAGCAACCAGGAUCCGGUUUUUUGGAUGCCACUGGUGCUCUAGCAGACGAUUUUGGAGCUCUGGAGCAAGAUGGUAAAAGGGAUGGAGAUGAUGUUCGCUCCUUGAAACAGUAUUUUGUCCCUUUAAACUUGAUAGAGAGGUGGGGAAGUGCCAUGGAUAUUGUCUAUCCCGAUUCGCAGCGAUGUUGUUGUUUUACAAAAAGUUAUUACCGAUAUGUGAAAGGCACUGGCUCCCUUUUGGCAACAGUCCUGCCAGAGAAAAAGGGUAAAGCAUCUUCGUUAAAGAAUCAAGGUCUUAGAUACUUUACCCCAAGGGAGGUUGCUAAUUUGCAUUCUUUCCCUGAAGAUUUCCACUUUCCACAACACAUAAGCCUUAGACAACGUUAUGCAUUGCUUGGAAACAGUUUAAGCAUAGCAGUGGUUACUCCUCUACUGCAAUAUUUAUUUGCUGAAUCUUCACGAUAAUCCGACGAUAAACGCUUGAUCAAGAACUUUCUAUCUGGACAUGGACGAAGACUUUUGACCAUGAAGGAACUUCUCUAGCUGGUUUAAGGAUUCAUAUUACUCAGGUAGCUCGCUAGAAAGCGUGUCAAUGGCGAUCCAACAUAAUGUUAUUUUAGAUGUACAGUCUUGCUCACAGAUGUUCACCUUUUCAGAGCAAACACAAGAUUUUACCAAUAUGAUAUUAGCUCUUUAUAUAACAUAUAACAACUUAGAUUUUAAAUGAUAUGUAAUAAGAUGACUAUCACUCUUUUGUAUUUCAUGAGAAU